AUGGCCGACGCUUCCCCCGAUGAGCCACCGUACCCGGCUCCCGAACAUGAGCAUCUACCCUGGGGUGAGCAGGAUAGCGCCCAGCGAGGACACACAUCUGAGGAUCCUCUCAAGCUGGACGAUGACCGUGCUGCCUCCCUCCUCGAGCUGCAGACCCUCACCAUCACCGAGGUCCUCGACCAGGAUUCGCGACCCACCUUUGUCAUUGAUCUUGACCCAGAUGAGGGCAUCACAAUAGGCGCCAAGCGCAUCUGGCCAGUCUUCUGCAAUUCGGCUCUCCGCACGCAUGAGCUGCUUCUCAAUGCUGUGCUGGGAUGUGCUCCUCAAGAUGCUGAAACUCCUCAUGCCGUCGCCAAUGACGCGGCAGUAGACACGACGUACGAGGACUUCAGCAGCUGGGCAACGGGCGUGACCAAGUUCGACAACUCCAAAGAUGUCUUCCCGCUCUCCUUCACCUACCGCCACAUGCUGUGGACUGGUUCUACUGUCCGCCAACGCUGGAGGCUCAUCAGCGGCAACUUGAUCACGGCCACCACCUCACGGCCUGCGACUCCCUCCUUAUCCAAGGAGACAUCAGACACGGGUCAUCUCGACCAGCAAGUCACAGCCGCGCAGACAGACGUUAGCAUCUCAACGGCAGGAACAACGCUCUUCUCCUCCACCAAGCAGCAUGGUCUCUCAUCGCAAACCUCGAACCCCAACAAGACGGCCGGAACAAGCUCUGAUGAGACGGGGACCACCUCGACAAGUGCGCGCCUCCAUCUCGCGACACCAGAAAAGGCCGUUGCAGACUGGACUGUACCGAACCCCAAAGGCAUCCUCUCGGCUCACAUCGCCUAUGCUCGCACCGUGGCCUGGGAAAACACCCCUCUCGGUCCUCUCAAUCAGUGGUCGCGCGAGUUCCGCCAGACUGUCAACCUGGUCAUGGGAAAUCCCUUCCCCGCCGCUCUCUUUUGGGGCAGCGACCUGACCAUGCUCUACAACGAGGCAUAUGCUGCCGAGGUCGCUGGUAAUAAGCACCCCUCUCUCAUGGGCACGGGGUUUUCGGGACCCUUUUCAGAGCUAUGGGAUGGCGUAAGCGGCAUCUUUGCCGAAUGCGCGCGGACAGGUGUCAGUAUUCGCAAGGAGGACGACUAUCUGCCUAUUGAACGGCAUGGCUUCCUCGAGGAGACCUUUUAUUCCUGGUCUUGGACACCGCUGUAUGGCGGCACGAGCCGGAUUCUUGGCUUCUACAAUGCGCCUUUUGAGACGACACAGUCAGUCUUGCACCAGCGCCGAACCAAGACGAUCAACAAGGUUGGCGAAAAUGUAGCCCGGGCUAAGUCCAUCAAGCAAUUCUGGAAAUUUCUCAUGGAGAGUUUUGAAGAUAAUCACUUCGAUAUACCUUUCGCCUUGCUUUACUCUGUUGUCGACGCCGAGGACGACAACGAGUCAUCUGUGUCCUCAGGCAGCACCAUGUCUCUCAAGUCAUGCCAUUUUGAGGGAUCCCUCGGAAUUCCCGAGGGCCACAUAGCUGCACCCAAACAGCUUGACCUUAAGCGCAGUCGCGACGGGUUCAUCCCCGCGUUCCGGGAAUCCAUGCGAACAAGAGAACCGACGUUGCUUCAUACGAGAGACGGAACCUUGCCGGAGGAAUUACUCGAAGGCAUCAACUGGCGCGGAUUUGGUGACCCAUGCAAGCAAGCUAUCAUCUUCCCCGUCCGCCCAACCAAUGGGGAGAAUGUUCUCGCCUUUCUGAUGCUUGGCAUCAGCCCUCGUCGCUUCUAUGACGAUGGCUACAAGUCAUUCACAUCCAUGCUGAACAGACAAAUGUCAACCUCGCUGGCAUCUUUCAUGCUCUACGAGGACGAAGUCAAGAAGAGCCGCGAUCUCGCGGAGGCAGCUGCUUUGGAGCAGGAAAACCUGACUCAACAGCUCCUCCUGCAGACGAGCCGAAUGCGCCGCAUGACAGAGUUGUCGCCUCUGGGCAUGUAUCUAGUCAGCCCCGAUGGUGUUCUUCGAGAGGGCAACGACCGCUAUUUUGAAAUGACGGGCCAUCCGAGAGACGUCGUAUACGAGAUGUCGUUCAUGGAGCAGAUCGAGGACGGUAGCAAGAAGACUAUGCUAGAGGGCUGGGAACGACUGGUAACAGAUCACCAAGCGUGGACAGGCGAGUUGCAGCUGAAGAAGUUGCGCAUGCAACCUGUCGAUCUGCACGGCGAGAGCAUCGACUACUGGGUCAUGGCAACUGCGCAGCCUGAGUUUGCACCUGACGGUUCGGUUCGGUCUGUUAUGGGCUCCAUCACAGACAUUUCUCAUCUUAAAUGGGCGCAAGGUUUGCAAAACCGAAGGCUCCAAGAGGCUGAAGAAACGCGCCGGCAGCAGAACGAGUUCAUCGACAUCACAUCGCACGAGAUGCGAAACCCUCUUUCGGCGAUUCUCCAAUGUGCAGACGACAUCUUAUCCACGCUUGGUCAGCACCAUGCCCAGCAAAUGAUGCCGUCAAAAGAAGAUGUUGAGGCCUGUAUGGACGCGGCACAGACCAUCUCGUUAUGUGUUCAGCACCAAAAGUCCAUCGUCGACGACAUUCUUACCGUCUCCAAGUUGGAUUCGAAUCUUCUUGUUAUUACGCCCAUCAGCGCUCAACCAGUGGAGGUCGUCAAGCGAGCAAUCAAAAUGUUCGAUCCGGAACUGCAGGCCAAGCAGAUCGAGAUGGUUUACGAUGUUCAUCCGUCUUUUCAAGAUGAGAAUAUUGAAUGGAUGAUGUUGGAUCCAAGCCGCGUACUGCAGAUUCUCAUCAACCUCAUUACCAACGCCAUCAAGUUUACCGCCGGCGCCGCCAAACGAACCAUCACUGUCUCGAUCAAUGUUUCGCGGGAAUCGCCCCGCACCGUCAUCGUUCCGGACUUUCGUUACAUCCCACCUCGAACGCUCAACAGUCAAGUAGUCAUGGGUGAAGAGUGGGGAAGUGGAGAAAUAAGCUACCUUAACUUCCGCGUCACUGACACUGGUGUCGGACUCACACCAGAGGAAAUGAAGGUACUUUUUGAGCGCUUCUCGCAGGCCUCGCCCCGUACCCACGCACAAUAUGGUGGCAGCGGCCUUGGUCUCUUCAUCUCUCGUCAGCUAGCCGAGCUUCACGGUGGUCAGAUCGGCGUUGCAUCCAAGGCGGCAUCUGGGAGCACCUUCGGCUUCUUCAUCGCUGCUCGGCGCGCCGAUGCGCCGUCGCUUACACCCGUUGCGCAGUCUCUCCCGCAGGCUCGCGAUUUGGGCAACAGCGCGAAUUUCCCCUCUCAGAUCGUCGUUCCUCAGCGCCAGGACCUUGCGUCGCAUACAUCCGCUGCGUCCGAUCUCGUCGCUGCCAAGACAUUCCCAGCGCCGGAUUUUGACCCUAAGAAUCUCGACAUACUCGUAGUGGAGGACAACCUCGUCAACCAGAAUGUUCUUGUCAAGCAGCUCAAAAAGCUCGGCUCACGGGUUGCUGUUGCCAACGAUGGCGUUGAAGCGCUGGCUUUCCUACAGCAGACACACUGGCGCAAGGAUGGCGGGACGAAGCUGUCGGUUAUCUUAAUGGAUCUUGAGAUGCCAAACAUGGACGGACUAACGUGUGUCGGGGUCAUUCGAAAGAUGCAGAACGACGGGACAAUCCGUGGGCACGUACCCGUCAUCGCCGUCACGGCCAACGUCCGAGACGAACAGGUGGCUGCCGCGCGACGGAGCGGCAUGGACGACGUCGUAUCGAAGCCGUUCCGGAUCCCCGACCUCAUGAAGAAAGUUGAGGUUCUUCUCGGGACAGUCGUAGGGGUAGGUUCAAACAUCGCGGGAGCCUAG